AUGGCCGGACCACUUGGAACAUUGAUUGUCGUCGUCCUAAAGGCUCGGAAUCUACCAAACAAGCAAAGGAUUGGGAAGCAAGACCCUUACGCAACUUGUACCUAUUUAUCGCAUCGCAAGAGGACUAAGACCGAUAAACGCGGCGGUCAGCAUCCAGUUUGGGAUGAUGAACUUCGAUUUGAUAUUUACGAUAAUCCCAAGGAUGCGAUGGCUUCUGCCUCAGUCUCGACGACGGCCACCGGUGGGAUCGUUCCGGUCAAAUCUAACGCACCUCCAAUCGGAUCAGCUGGUUCUGCCGGUGUCAAAGAACUGCGCGUGGCUGUCUAUGCGGACGACCCCAGAGAUCCCAAUCUGAUUGGCGAAGGAAAAGUUGACCUGACAGAUACCUUGAAGAAAGGUGAGUUUGAUGAUUGGGUUACCGUCACAAACAAAGGCAAAUACCAAGGGGAAGUGUAUCUUGAAAUGACUUUCUAUUCUGCGAAACCACCGCCCGAAAAACUUCACACACCAACUGGUCCAACGAGAGCUGGCGUUUUUGAGGCUUCUUCUCCCGGAUCGGGCUUACGGCCGACCAAAGCAUCAAUCCAAGCAGUCUCACUAGGUAGCCCGUUGAAUGAGAAAAGAACACCAUCGCCCCUAGGUACCCCUGUCAAGAAAAUCAAUCCUGCUUCUGUUCCUGCUGCUCUGCGAGCUGGAAGACCGAUGUCUGGUCCAAUGUCUAGUGGCCAUCUUCCAUUACCUGGCGAACCUUCUACAUCCAGAGAUGCCAGUCUUAAUUCUCGGCAGCGUUCUACUGGCUCACUCAGUAUGCCAACUCCAGAUUUUGGUUUGGGCGACCGCUCACCGUCGCGCUCGUCCUCGCGUAAUCAAUCACGUGAUCGAACAGAUCAUCUCGUCAAUUCUUUAAAUUCUUUAUCGCUCUCCGCUCGACCAUCGGCCAACAAUCAUGUUCAUAUGCCUCAGACCACGCCCUCCGAGUUACAGGUUCACCAACACCCUUCCCAACCGCGCCACCACCGACACAGUUUCUCAGGACAUUCUCAUCCCCAACCCAGCGACCGAACCCAUCAAACCCAUUCAGCUAGCUCCUCUGUCCAUACGACCGACCACACAGAAGACCGCUUUCACGAUCAUCCAAACACUCCAUUUGCCCCCCAAUCAUACCCUGACCAUUUCCCGGCACCUUCUCAGCCCUCGGGCAUUCCAAGACCUGCAUUCCCAGCCCGCCGUCCCUUACCGGUCCCUGGCGGAGACAGUGUUCAUCGGCCAGCUUCUGCUUGGGGGCAUUCACACAACCUUUCCUCAGAGGGGCAACCCUACUCGAAUGAGGGUAUCGUUUCAGCACAGCAGCUACCUGCAAACUAUCCUCAAUAUACUGAAAAUUUCGAUCAUCCACCCAAUGGCGCGCCAGUGAUCCCCAAUAGCGCUCCUGCGUAUCCACCUCCGACUCAAUAUGUUGAGAGUAACAACCUUCCGAACGGAGUUCAUCAGCAGAGCAUGGCUAAUCGGCCUCAGCAUCUACCCUACUCCGAGCAACCUAGUCAUUACCCACCUUCACCUCCUCAAAACCCACCUUUCUCACAAGUGCAACAUUCUGGCCAUGCACCUUUCAACCUUCCACCACCACCACCGGGUCAAACCCCAGUGCCAAUUCAUGAGGUCUUCGGAGCCUCAAGCGGUCGGCCGUUCCCACCGAUCCCGCCAAGCGGAUAUCAACAGUCCCCAGCUGGCUUCCCGACCCAACAACCUCAAGUAGUUCAAUCCCCAACACGGGCAAACUCGAGUGGAGAAAGUGUUUACUCUUACCCACCCGCACAUCAUCAAGAUCAAGUCCAUCAACACAAUCAGGCAUACAAUCCUUCACUCGAAAACCUAGCUUCAAACAACAACUCUUAUCAAUUACAAAACGCCCCACCUCCGCCCCCUCCACAUCUACAAUAUCAACCCUUCCAUCUUCAACAAGCCCCUUCUAGCAUGCCCGCACCAUUGCCUCCCCCACCUGGCCAUCCAUCCCAAAUGUACUAUCAACCGUCUUAUGCCCCGCCGCCUUCAACCACGCCUGCACCUGGCUUUGCAUCCCCCCGUGCCCAACAAUAUCCUGAGUACAACAACCCGUUCCACAAUCCUCCGCGCCCCUCCUCUGCCGUACCUGGCAACGUUUAUUCAUUUGCUCCUUUUUACCAAUCCAAUGGAUAUCAAACUUAUCCCUCUCACCAGUCUUGA